AUGGCAUGGGAGAUUGUCGUGAAUGACUCUAAACUGAUCAAAGCCAUCAAGAACGAAUUGGAAUCGAAAUCCCUUUUCGUGAAGCCCAUAUACAGAGAAGGGUCAAAGAGCGUUAUUAGAACAGGUAUCGAUGAUGCAGAUGAUGAGGUCCUAGGACGAUAUGGCAGUUGUAAGAGAUGGUACGAGUUGGACCGUGGUGAUACUGAUGGUGGGAAUCAAAUAGUCAGAUACACAAGAAAGUACUUGAUAGAUCACAACUGUCUCUCGCAAGAAUUGAUGGAAUUUGUGCCGCUACGAUAUACGAUAUACACACCGCUGUUACUGUUCAACAAUUCGGAAAAAUCGUUUAACAAUGAUAAUUGGAAUCGAUUCUUUGCAGCACACGAUCCCCAGGAUUUUUUUGCCGGAUUGGCCCAAUGUUUCCCUCAAGUAACCCAUAUAGCCAUCAACAUGCCCAUCGUUGAAUCUGAUACAAUGAGGAGACCGUUCCAACUGCACCCCUUGUAUGGGGAAUUCAAUGGUAAGCUAAGCGCCAACUACUGGCUACAUCCAACUCAACAGGAUUUCGAAAAUACCCUCUGGUGUCAUACCGUACAAAACGGUAUUCACCAGUACUGGGCCCCCAUGUUCACUAUGUUUAGCAGAGGUAACAUCAAGGAAAAGAAAAGGAUUUUGGACACGUUUGAAGGAAUUGAAGGUAACGAUGUGGUAGAUUUGUAUGCAGGAAUUGGUUAUUUCACAUUGAGUUAUCUAAAGCGUGGUGCCAGAAACUGCUUCUGCUUCGAAUUGAACCCAUGGAGUACGCAAGCACUGAAACGAGGUGUUACCGCCAAUGGAUUCAAUUCAGAAAAAGUACACGUCUAUACCGAAAAUAACAUCAAUGCACUGGAGAGAAUUAAGAAUUUCGAACCCAAAGAUCUACGCAUUCGUCACAUCAACCUGGGACUCUUACCUUCAAGCAAAGAUGGAUGGUCGAUAGCUCAAUCUAUUAUCCACUACCAGGACUCAUUAUCGGAUGAAAAUCACAAGGUUACUCUGCAUAUCCACGAGAACGUCCACGUUGAUCGAUUGCAAGACGGUACAUUUAUCCAAAGUACCAUUGAUCACUUAUCAAUGGACAGAAAUCACAACUACAGUGCUACACAUUUGGAAAGAAUAAAAACAUUUGCGCCUGACGUCUGGCAUGUCUGCCUCGAUGUCGACGUACAUGGGAAGUCGAAGAAUUAA